AUGGACUUUAUUACUGGCCUUCCACCAUCAAUUCUGGUUAUGGUUGAUCAUCUUAGAAAAUAUGCCCACUUUUGUGCUCUUCCCAGCAACUUCACAAGUACUAAGGUGGUCGUGGUCUUCGUUGCUGAGAUUAUGCGCCUCCAUGGCCUUCCCCACACCAUUGUUAGUGAUAGGGAUCCCUUAUUCCUCAGCAACUUCCGGCAGGAACUAUUCCACCUCCAGGGAACCAAAUUGUCUAUAAGCACCAUUUAUCACCCCCAGACAGACGGUCAAUCCGAAGUCCUCUACUAUUGCCUCGAAAUGCCUCCUCCAUCUCUUCUACGUUACAUCCCGGGUACUUUUGCUAAUAAGGAUGUUCACCAGGAGCUUCAGACCAGAGAAGACAUUCUCUCCUCCCUGAAAUCCAACCUCGCUCGUGCCCAAGUUCGUAUAGAAAAUCAGGCAGACAAAGGGCGUGUGGAUGCCCAUUACUCAGAGGAUUUCUGGAAACCUCUUCGCAUCCAUUCUAAUAGGCAGGAAGUGGCAGAGAAAUCUACCAUGGACGGACCAGGUUUGUAUGGAUUAGUUAGGAACUUAGAGAAUGUGACUGAAGGUAACAUUGCUGGUAAGAUCUUGUAUUCUACUGUUGUGGCAGGGACUUUGCCGAAGAUUGACAACCUGCCAGAUCCAAUUCAAGCUGGAUCCCUAACCACAGUGACCAUACCAUAA